AUGCCACGUCGGAUGAUUGCUAGUGGGCCAUGGUGUGUGGUUUUUGCGUGGGAUAAUUUCUUUGUUUUAUUUUUUUUUAUUUUUUUUGCGUUCUGUGUCUAGAAGAAGCUCUGCGAGACUGCAUAUGCUAGGUUGUGAUUCAGAAAAUUCAAUGAAUCUGGUCGAAUUCCAUCCUUGUGUUAUUGAGAGGUUCAUUUGGGGUUGGUUGAUCUGGUGACUGGUGGAGUGGCCUAUAAAUUGGGGAUGGGGAAGACUUGCGAUGCACAGGUUGAGAACAACAUGGUGUUGUUUGGUUUGACGUGAUGAUGUAUAACGAUAAACAUGGAGAAGGUUGCAGGUUUUGUUUGGGUAAGUUGCAUCUUCAUGGAAAACCCCACAGGCAACUUCAGUGGAUUACUGGCGGUGAUGCAAUGGGAAAAAUGCACAUGGGAUUUUGGAGGUGUUUGCCAUUUCUUUAUUUAUUCCUGAUCUUAAGGCUGAGAAAGCUUGAUGUUGUUAUUGAAGCAGAAAAGCAAGCUGCACGAAACUUGAUUCUUGAAAAGAAGAAAGAUAGGGCCUUGCUGGCAUUGAAGAAAAAAAAGACACUAGAAGAAUUGUUGAAGCAAGUUGAAGCCUGACUAAUAAACGUUGAGCAACAAUUAGCAGAUAUCAAACUGGCAAGCACAAACAAAUGGCGGUGUUUGAAAGUUUGAAGGUCGGUAAUGAUGCAAUGAAAGCCAUACAAAGCGAGAUAAACAUCGAGGAUGUUCAGAAACUUAUGGAUGAAACUUCUGAGGCUAAAGCUUAUGGAUGCAAUGUAAGUUUGAGUUCACCCUUAUUUAUCCUUACUCUCGCUGCUUUUCAAAACUGACUUCCACCUCCAGACUCAUUACAAUUUUUUGGGGGUCGGAAUUAGGUAUUAGAGUUGUACUGGUUUGAUUGAGCUUUUUGUGUUGUUACUAUUUAGCUGCUACUUUUUCUUUGGCAAUUCUCAUCUCCUGCAUUUUUUUGUUUGUUUGUUUAUAUUUGAAACUUGCUGAUGGUUUACAUUAUUUUGUUGAAUUUGAAAGAAAUUCAUGCAAUACUUGGGGAGGAAUUAUCAGUAGAAGAUGAAGAGGAAGUUUUGGCAGAGUUUGAGAACUUGGAAACCCAUGUACAUGGAUUUUCAAUUUUUAUGAUUUUGUAUUGACUUAUAGUUUGCUCCAAUAUAAUCCAUUCAUAUUGUUCCAUUUGUAUUAAUGUUAUAAUCAUAGUAGUAUGGAAAGGACAUGCUAUAUGUCAUUAUGCUUCAAUAUUCAACAUGCUAUAAUUUUUGUUUUUUCUUUAUUUUCAGACCCUGUUUUUCUUGCUUCAAUAUUCAACAUGUUAUAAUUUUGUUUUUUUAUUUGAUUUACAUUGUUUUAUUAUGGCUUAACUACACAUUUGGUCUCUUACGUUUAUUUUAGGUUUCAAUUUGGUCCCUUACGUUUAAAAAGUAUC